GUUACGAGCUUCCCGGGUGCUGCUGGUGGGGAUGAAGGGUCUCGGAGCAGAAGUGGCAAAGAAUCUUAUCUUGGCAGGAGUGAAAGGCUUGACCAUGCUGGACCAUCAGCAGGUUUCCCAAGAGGACACACGAGCUCAGUUCCUCAUCCCCGUGGGUUCCUUGGGCCGCAACAGAGCUGAAGCCUCACUGGAGCGGGCACAGAACCUCAAUCCCAUGGUGGACGUGAAAGCGGAUCCUGAGACCGUGGAGAGCAAGCCCGAAGAGUUCUUCACCCAGUUCGACGCAGUCUGCCUGACCUGCUGCUCCCGGGAUAUUAUGGUGAAGAUCGACCAGAUUUGCCACAAGAACAGUGUCAAGUUCUUCACUGGCGACGUUUUCGGCUACCAUGGCUAUAUGUUUGCCGACCUCGGGGAACACGAAUUCGUGGAAGAGAAAACCAAGGUCACCAAAGUCAGCCCGGGCGUGGAAGAUGGGCCCGACACCAAAAAAGCCAAACUUGACUCAUCAGAGACCACCAUGGUGAAAAAGCGGGUGGUUUUCUGUCAGCUGAAGGAAGCCCUGGCCGUCGACUGGAGCGGGGAGAAGGCGAAGGCAGCGCUGAAACGCACCACCCCGGACUAUUUCCUCCUCCAAGUGCUGUUGAAGUUUCGGACGGAUAACGGCCGGGAUCCUUCACCCCAAAACUACGCCGAGGACUCGAAGUUGCUGCUCCAGAUCCGCCACGACAUCCUGGAGGCGCUGGGGGUCGGUGCCAACCUGCUGCCAGAUGAAUUUGUCAGCUACUGCUUCUCCGAAAUGGCUCCUGUCUGCGCCGUGGUCGGAGGCGUCCUGGGCCAAGAGGUGGUCAAGGUAGUGGCUGGUUUUGGGGGGGCG